ACCCCCCAUUAAGCCAUUCUGCUUCACUCCAUAUAUACACUUCUUAAAUAAUAUAAUACUUAAUUCUCAUCCAUCAAAGAAAGCUUUGGAAAAUGGCAAAAUCUCCAGAGACAGAACACCCAAUCAAGGCCUACGGUUAUGCUGCUCGUGACACUUCUGGUGUCCUUUCUCCCCUCACUUUCUCCCGAAGGGCGACGGGAGAUAAAGACGUGAGGUUUAAAGUUUUGUAUUGCGGAAUCUGCCAUUCUGAUCUUCAUUUCGCCAAGAAUGAAUGGGGCAUGACUACAUAUCCUAUUACUCCUGGGCAUGAGAUUGUGGGCGUGGUGACAGAGGUAGGAAGUGAAGUAGAGAAAUUCAAAAUCGGGGACAAAGUUGGAGUUGGAUGUUUGGUCGGAUCAUGCAAAUCAUGCGAAAGCUGUUCAAGUGAUCUUGAAAACUACUGUGAUAAACAGAUUUACACUUAUGGUGGUUUGCCAUACCAUGAUGGCACACUUACAUAUGGAGGCUACUCAGAUCACAUGGUUGCAGAUGAACAUUUCGUUCUGCGUUGGCCAGAGAAUUUGCCACUUGAUUCCGGUGCACCGUUGUUAUGUGCUGGGAUCACAACUUAUAGUCCUCUUAGAUACUAUGGUCUAGACAAACCGGGUAUGAAAGUGGGCGUGGUUGGUCUUGGUGGGCUUGGUCAUGUUGCGAUUAAGAUGGCUAAGGCUUUUGGUGCAGAAGUUACUGUUUUUAGCACCUCCCCUGCUAAGAAAGAAGAAGCACUUGAAGGACUUAAAGCGGACCAUUUCAUAGUUAGCAAAGACACAGAGCAAAUGCAGGCCGCAGCGAGUUCAUUGGAUGGAAUAAUUGACACGGUUUCUGCGAAUCACCCUAUUGCACCAUUGCUUAGUGUGCUCAAACCACAUGGGAAACUUAUCCUUGUUGGUGUACCUGAAAAGCCACUUGAGAUUGCUGCAUUUUCUUUAAUUAUGGGGAGGAAAGUCGUUGCUGGUAGUGCAAUUGGAGGGUUAAAAGAGACUCAGGAAAUGCUUGAUUUUGCCGCAGAGCAUGGUGUAACGGCAGAUAUAGAGCUUAUCUCAAUAGAUUAUGUGAAUACUGCUAUGGAUCGUAUGCUGAAAUCUGAUGUUAGAUACCGAUUUGUCAUUGAUGUCGCCAACUCUCUCGAAGCCCCAUAGAUCGUGAAGAUGCUUCCAUAUAAUGUGAAUCAUCUUCAAACAUCCAUUUGAUUUAUACAAUGUCUGAAUAUUUUCAUUCCAGUUUCAAUCACUAUUUAAAAACAAACUUGGUGUGCUUAUUUUCAUGAUUUUUGAAUAAAAUUUGCUUGAUUUAA